AUGACAACUACUCCUACAUCAAAAUUGACGUCUACUUCUAUGCCACUAUUCAUUCCGGUUUUUUCAGCUCCUCCUACUCUGGGGAAAGCUUUCCCUAUACAACAGGGUAAAGAAGAGGGUGAUGAUAAUGACGAUCCGGAAUCACCCAUCACUUCCCAGUUUGUCCCCACAGUCACCACUGGACAGUUGUCUACGGAGCCAACAUUAGUACCCGUAGCCUCAGAUACUGUGGGCGAUAACGAUGAUGGGGGCAAGCAUAAAUGGCAUGGUGAUAAAGACCCUCAACAGCCACCUCAGGGUGUAUUAAAUCCUACAGCAGAGCACCUCCUCAUUGCCGCAGGUGCAAUAGGUGCUUUCAUUUUAUUCUGCUUUAUCGGAUGGAUCAUCUAUAGGGUCUUAAAAAGGACCAAAGGCCAGGGCAUUGGCAUUAGCGGCGGCAUGGGAUCUAUCGACAAGUUCAAUGAUAAACAGAGAGGGUCGAUAGAUAACCGUACGUUAUACAUGUCUAACGAGGCGCCCCCUAUUUACGAGCAGGGGGAGCAUGGUACCAUGCAAGCAGGUAACUUCUAUGGCCCUAAUAAAGCGUAUCCACUAGGACCUGGGAGUAUGAUACGUUCAGUCGCCUCAAAUUCAGAGGCAGGAACCCUUCGACAGUCACCGGAUAAUAACCCACCUCUUGCGAGUAUCAUAAACCAAUAUAUCCCAGGAAACGGGGGUGUCUCAAAUAAUGGCGAUAUCAACUUAACCAUAAGGUCUCAGGUAACCCAACCAUAUUACAACGAAUCAGAUCUUCCUCGCCAACCGGAAACAUUUAAUGCGCCGAAACGGGCUGGAACCCGAGCUAGCGAAAUAUCAUCCAUCUCUUCCGGAUUUGGGGACGGUGACAUUGUUAUACCUCCAUCCUCAGGAUCAGACAAGCCUCUACCUGUUCCGGCCGAGGAGAACCCUGCCGCUCGAGACUCAUGGAUAAGUCGACCAGGCGAAAGGAGGGAAACGGUAUAUACGGAAGCGAGCGAGGACCGUCCAGCUCGGUUUCGCUCUAUAACUAGUUGGGUCAACCAGCAGGCAGGACGAGCAAAGAGAGCGGGUUCGAGGGCGCGGGAACGUGGAGAAAUACCUGUUAUGCCAGCAAUCCCAGGCGAGAUAAGUGCAACGCGACAGACCGCUUACCGGUGA